CCGGAAGUGUCGGAAAGCUGUGGCAGGAGGACUCGGCAGAGCGGAAGUCGCUGAGGUGGACGGAGGUGGCGGCCGCGAGCGACGAUGAACAACAAAUUCGACGCUUUGAAAGAUGAUGAUAGCGGAGACCAUGACCAGAAUGAGGAGAACAACACACAGAAAGACGGUGAGAAGGAAAAGAAUGACCGCGAGAAACCACAGAGUAGUACCAAGAGGAAGGCUGUUGUGCCAGGGCCAGCCGAGCACCCCCUGCAGUAUAAUUACACAUUUUGGUACUCCAGACGGACCCCUGGGAGACCCACCAGCUCGCAGAGUUAUGAGCAGAACAUCAAACAGAUUGGCACCUUUGCCUCCGUGGAGCAGUUCUGGCGGUUUUACAGUCACAUGGUACGUCCUGGGGACCUGACAGGCCAUAGUGACUUCCAUCUUUUCAAAGAGGGCAUCAAACCCAUGUGGGAGGAUGAUGCCAACAAAAAUGGUGGUAAAUGGAUUAUCCGCCUGCGGAAGGGCUUAGCGUCACGAUGCUGGGAGAAUCUCAUUCUGGCAAUGCUGGGAGAACAGUUCAUGGUGGGGGAAGAAAUCUGUGGGGCAGUCGUCUCUGUCCGGUUCCAGGAGGAUAUUAUCUCGAUAUGGAACAAGACGGCCAGCGACCAGGCCACGACAGCCCGGAUACGUGACACGUUACGAAGAGUGCUAAACCUACCUCCCAACACCAUCAUGGAAUAUAAAACGCACACCGACAGCAUCAAGGCCUGGGAGGAGUUUCAUGGCCUGGUGAACAGCAGUGGCCGCUGAUCGAACGCUCCCCUUCCCUCUGUCACACCCAGGGGAUAAUUCCAGCUUUCGAAAUACAAAAAUCACAUUGUGAGAACAAGAGUUGGCACUAAUCUCCUCUCUCCAUGCUGGAAGCACUGAGAGGUCUCUACCAGUGCUCUCCGACCUCCGAAGGGACUCAUGGGCCACUCUCUUGCGCUCCUCCUCGGAGGAAGGAUCCAUCCGACGCCCUCCAGCAGUGGUGACCAUAGAGGCUGAUCUUGUCAAACACAAACUUGUUUUAGCAGUGGGGCGGGAGGCCAACCUUGCGAUUAGCAGCGUGCCCUUGGGGCCGCAUCUUGCAGCACUUUCCUCUCUUUCUCUCCAUGGCAUGCAGGAUCUCUGGGAUUCUGCCUUGACGUCAGAGCCUUUUGCUGAGGGACACCAGUAUUAAAAAUCUCUCUGCGGCUGGGAGGAGCUUCC